CCGACAGAAAAGUCAUGAAGCUGCAAGUCUAUAUCAGAUACCUCAUUUGUAUCUUGUUGGUGAAUUUUGGAAGAAUUGACUGCAAUGGAUGCGUCAUCAAUGCUACUGUUGAUAAUCAGAUUAAAAUAAGGCAUGAACGCGGUGUUUUCGAUCUUCUUUUGGGAAGAUUCCGGACCUGUGGUGGUUGCUUAUGCGGUCGACCAAAUCGUAAGACAGCGCGAUUAUUGGGUGGGGAACAUACAGAAUCGCAUGAAUUUCCCUGGCUCGCAAAUAUUCACAUAAAGUCCAAAUUGCUAGUGAGUGGAGUAUUGAUAAAUGAUCGUUAUAUCUUAACAGCAGCUAGUCAACUUAUCGGAGCAACAGCACAUGAAAUAAAAGCAUCCUUGGGAGAAUAUGAUCGAUGUAACUUAGAUAUCUCAUCAGUAAACAUUAGCGUCGAGUCUAUAAUUUUGCAUCCAGAAUUUAAUCUAGAGUCGAGUACUCAUGAUCUAGCUUUAAUUCGUUUGAGUCGACCAACUAAAAUCGAGAAGAGAAUAUCACCAAUAUGCUUACCCAAUCCAGGAUCAACUUAUCUUGGUCAAGUUGGAACUUUGGUAGGAUGGACCAAGCACAAAGAUCAGGCUGAUAAUGCGGCAUGUAGGCCUCGAAAAUUAGGACUUCCUAUUCUAGGACAAAACGAGUGUAUUAAAUCAGGAAUAAAUGCAAUGAACUUACAGGAUGAUUACGGAUGCAUUGGAAUUGUUGGUACAAAUUCUUUGGUAUGCGAAAAUGACGUCGGAUCUUCUGUGCAAUAUCGAUCAUAUGCCGGAAUUUAUGAUCUUAUUGGAAUUAUUCCGAGCGUGAAUAAAUGCGACGAUUCUCCCAAGCCAACUGUUUUUACGAGAGUAGGGCCGAGUCUCGAUUGGAUAUUACAACACACUAAAGAUGCCUGCUACUGUACAAAAUAAUACAGCAAACUUACAGAAUAUUAUUGCAUAUGUGA